CCCGCCCGCCAAGAUCUAGCCGGCUUCCCGCAGGAAGGGGUCAAAGGUCGCGCCGUUCCCUGAUGGUCCCUCGGCAGUGAGAUCUGAGCAGCGAGCGCGUCCAGACUCGGAGUGUAGGCAGCGAGGGAGUCCCAGCUCUGGGAACUCACAGAUGUCUCAGUAUGGUUGAGAUGGAGCAAGCAGAGGCCCAGCUCUCCGAGUUGGACCUUCUGGCCAGUAUGUUCCCCAGUGAGAAUGAGUUCAUAGUGAAUGACCAACUGGCAUUAGCAGAGCUCAAAGAUUGUGUUGAGAAGAGGACAAUGGAAGGGCGGUCAUCGCAAGUAUACUUUACAAUCAAUGUGAGCCUGGACUUCUCUGAAGCAGACAUGGUGACGUUUUCUUUGUCUUGCGUUCUUCCCUUUAAAUACCCCACAGUACUGCCUGAAAUUACAGUGAGAUCAGUAUUGCUGAGUAGAUCCCAGCAGACUCAGCUGAACGCAGAUCUGAUAGCAUACCUGCAGAAGAACUGUCUUGGAGAUGUCUGUAUACUGAAUGCCACAGAGUGGGUUAGAGAGCAUGCCUCUGAAUACGUCAGCAGAGAUGCUUCCCCCUCCCCCAACAAGCAAAGCUCACUCCAGCCAGUGGAUCUCACUUUCACAAGGCUCUGGAUCUACAGCCAUCACAUCUACAACAAAUGCAAAAGAAGAAACAUCCUAGAGUGGGCAAAGGAAUUGUCCCUGUCUGGGUUUAGCAUGCCUGGGAAACCUGGAGUAGUUUGUGUGGAAGGCCCACAAAGUGCUUGCGAAGAAUUUUGGUCAAGACUCAGAAAACUAAACUGGAAGAGGAUUUUAAUUCGUCAUCGAGAAGACAUCCCUUUUGACAGUAUAGCAGAUGGAGUGGAAGGACAGAGGAAAUUUUCUGUUUUUGAAGAAAAGGCCUUCAAUGUCCAUGGAGCCAGAGGAAACCACAUGGACUUUGGUCAGCUGUAUCAGUUCUUAAAUGCCAGGGGAUGUGGGGAUGUUUUCCAGAUGUUCUUUGGUGUAGAAGGACAGUGACUGAGCAGAGCGGAAGCCCGACCUUUUGGCUCGCUGUUCCUUUGUUGAUCACUUCUUUCUGUUCUUCCUUGAAAUUCAAUUUCAGCUCCAUCCUAGAAUGUUCUAGGGCUGGGGUCAUAAGAAGAAAAUUAACAUCAGUUAAAACAUGCCAUACCUGAAAGAAAAACUGAAUUUCAACUUGUGAACUUUAAAUUACUAACUGAGAAGGGUGGACAAAUGGCUCAGAGGCUAAGAGCAUAUACUGCUUUUGCCAAGGAUCAAAGUUCAGUUCCCAGCACCCGUGGCAGAGAGCUUGUAACCACGUAUACGUCUUUACUUCAGAACAUUUGAUGUACUGAAGGGUCCUCCAAGGGUGCGUGCACAAACACACGUGUAAAUAUAUCCAGGGUAUCAGAUCCCUGGAUUGGAGUUACAGAAGAUUGUGAGUUGCCCAGUGUGGGUGCUGGGAACCAAACUAGGGUCCUCUGCAAGAACAAUGCACCCUUUUAACCACUGAGCCAUCGCUACAGCUUGGAGGAAAUUUCCUGACAUGAGAUGGACAUAAAAGGCACAUGCUUAUAGUCCCAGCAUUUGGGAAGUAGAGGCAGCAUUGGAAGUUCAAGGCCAGCUGGGCUAUAUCAGGCUCUGUCUCACAAAACAAAAAUAAAAGCAAAGUUAUUCAUGCAGAACUUUUGAAGGACAAAUUAUCUGUGAAGGUAAUUUUGGUGGUUCAAGUUGCUAAGGGUUUCCAGCGCUCUUCUCCCUUUAAUGAGGAACCUGGAGAAGCUGCCUGUUCACCCUCCUGUCCUCUGGUACAGCUGUAUGUGGCUGUAGGUUACAGCUGCAGGAUUUCUGGGGAUGAGUUUGCUUCUCUUCUCUUUCUGCCAUGGACCCUGGAGUGAUGGCAAGGAGCAAGGAGUAAUGAGCCAGGCUAUCUCAGAGGUGCCAUUGUACAAGGCAGCUUGUCACGUGCAGACCCAAAGUUAAUCCUUGCCUAUCUCCAGACCUUUGAAAUAAAAUGAAAUUUUAAACUCUC